AUGUAUUCAAUUGUCAGAAAUAGAAUAUGUAGAUUCUUUUAUGGAUUGAGUGGCGAGACAACAAGAAAUAUUAGUAGUAUAAACAAUAAUAAUAUUAAUACUAGUAAUAAUAAUAAUAAUAGCAUUAAAAUAGGUAGAAAAUCAAAGAAACCAUCAAAUGUGUUUCAUGGUAGAAUAAGUGAUUAUAAUAGUGAGUUACAGGGUAUUGUAACUGCUGAGGAUGUACAGGAGAGAAAUAAAGAUGGUAGUGCAAUCAUGACGAAACCAACCACCGUAUUGAAUUCGUUACUUGGUGAAUAUGUAGAGUUUAGAGUGUUUUCACGAUAUGGUGAUCAUUUCAAUGAGGCAAGAGCAUAUCAGAUACUGGAAAAGUCAGAGGAUCGUGUAGACCACCCGAGAUGUCAGCACUACGGAUUGUGUACGGGUUGUCCACUUAUGCAUAUGAAACAUUCACAUCAAAUUCAACACAAGUAUCAACAACUUGCCAAACUCUAUAGAGAUUCAGGAAUCAUUAUCAAUGAUGAUAGCAAUCUGCUCGAUUCAAAUGUUAUAAAAGAUGAAAAUGGUGAUACAAAUGGUCAGUUUGGUUAUAGACGAAGAGCAAGAUUCUCUGUUAGAUACGAUCAUCAAAGUAAGAGAGUGAACGUCGGAUAUAACAGUCCUUUGAAACCGAGUUUCCAAGUGAAUGAAUGUCCUAUUCUUGUGGAGAGUGUACAAACGCUGCCUCUGAAACUGUCUGAUCUCUUCACAUCGUUCGAAGACAAGCAAAUCAGAGAUAAACUUUCAAUGGUAGAGUUAACGGUGGCAGACAACACAACUUCAAUCAUCAUAAGACAUCUUAAAUCAAUAGAGCAAAUAGACAUUGAAAAAAUAAUAGAAUUUGGAAAGAGUGAAAAGAAUUUAUCAAUUUAUCUACAACCAAGUAAUUUAGAAUCAAUUCAACAAUUAUAUCCACAAAAUGAAAAAGUAAAGCUUUACUAUCUUAGUCAUGGCGAUGACCAAAGAAAAAUAGAAAUUGGUCCUGCCGACUUUAUACAGGUAAAUAAACAGGUCAAUAAAUUAAUGAUCGAUCAAGCAAUUGAGUUUCUAGAUUUAAAUAAAAAUGAUUUUGUAUAUGAUUUAUUUUGUGGAUCAGGCAAUUUCACAUUCCCAAUUGCAAAGUAUUGUCAACAGGUAGUGGCAAUCGAUUAUGCAUCCAAUAGUCUAGCAAAACCGAAUCUAGGUGACAAUGUUGUCAGUCUUAAUUAUAAUCUAUACGAAUACUCCAUUGAUUACGACGCGAAAUGUAAUAAAAUACUAUUAGAUCCACCAAGAUCAGGAGCUGAAAAAGUAUGUAAUGAAAUGCCAGAUAAUUUCGAAAGAAUUGUUUAUAUAUCGUGUGAUCCAAGUGGAUCACUGAUACGAGACCUCAAGAUAUUAAAGAGUAAAGUUGUUUUGAAGGCAAUUGAUAUCACUAGUGGUGAUUGUACAGAAAAGUGUGAAGAUAUUAAUACUUCAAAGUCAGCAGGUAACAAUAAGAAUAAUAAUCAAACAAUGUCUAUUCCACAGUCUGGUAUUCUCUUGGAGCAUUGCAAGUUUGGAAUAUUCAUAGAGGCAAUGGUGAAUAACUGUAAGGAUUACUCGGGUUUGAAAGAUGGCUGCAAGAAAUUUGUAAAUAGUCUUGAAUCUCUACAGAAAGAAUAUCCCAAUGAGAAGUUGGGUUCGGUCAUUUCUUUCAAUCACAACGUAUGGCGUAGUUUGGCUGGUAAUGACAGUGCUCCAGAACUGAAGCCAUUCCGACAGAUAGGCACUGCACCCGCUACACAACGUGACAUGUUCAUUCACAUUCAAUCUCUGCGUUUCGAUAUCAAUUUCUCAUUGGCGCUCGCUGCCAUUAAAGCAUUUGGAACUUCAAUCAAGGUAGCCGAGGAAAUUCAUGGAUUCAGAUGGGUGGAUGAGCGUGAUCUAAGUGGAUUCAUCGAUGGAACUGAGAAUCCAACCGGUGAGAAACGUCCAUUGUUCGGACUGCUUCCACAAACCGAUAAAGAUGCCAUGGGUAGCUAUGUGUUGGUGCAGCGAUACGAACAUGAUUUGGAGAAAUGGGGUAAGAUCUCUGUGGAAGAUCAGCAACAGAUGAUUGGAAGAACCAAGAAAGAUAGCGUUGAGAUCGAUCCAUCGAAAAGAAAUACUACCUCACAUGUUAGCAGGGUGGAUCUCGAGGAGAAUGGUGUCAGUUUGAAAAUUAUUAGACAAAGUCUUCCCUAUGGAGAUGCCAGUGGUGUACAUGGUUUGUUUUUCAUUGCAUACAGUGCUAAACUGCACAGCAUUGAAAAGCAAUUGGAAUCAAUGUUUGGUGUAACCGACGGUAAAAUUGAUGAUAUCAUUACAGGACUAAGUAAACCGGUUACCGGCUCUUACUAUUUCGCUCCAUCACUAACUAAAUUGAAAUCCAUAUUUAAUAAUGAACAAAAUUAA